CUGCCAUUAUAUCACCGUUUUACAACUAUCUCAAAGUAUUGUAACGACCGUGGUCGGUUGAUGAUAUUACACAGAGAUUUUGGAAAAUAUUUUCAAGCAAAAGAUAAAAAUUUGGUUGAUCAAAGCAUAGAGGUGAAUAACAAACGGACAUCAAUUGUAUCAUAGUUUUGACAGUGGAAUGAAGCUACCAGUGUUCGUUGUUUCAUUGAUAUUGGUUUUGCACGUAGUCGUUGCUCAAUACAAGAGCGCGAAAGUGACUAACAAUGAAAAUUUUGUGGGAUCAAAUAUUCAAAGUGGAACAUUCACGACGCAAUUGGAUCAUUUUCGACCACAAGAUGCCCGUACGGUUGAAAUGCAAUAUCACUCAAACCUAAAUAACUACGGAGAAAAUGGACCAAUCUACAUAUACAUCAAGCACAUGACUGACAAUUCAACUCAAUGGAUUCAACAAGGUCUCAUGGUGGACAUUGCUAGAACCAAUCUUGCAGCCUUAUACACCUUCGAUCAAAGAUACUUCGGCGACAAUUUAAUGUUUGAUGAUUAUUCGUGGGAAAACAUGCAAUACUUAACGAUCGAACAGACGAUAGCCGAUAUCGCUACGUUCAUCGAUUUCGUUCGACGAUCGUUAGGCACUCCAUCUGCGCCGGUUAUUUUGUGGGGUUCUCAAUUAGGUGCUACUUUGGCAGCGUUUACUAGACUAAAAUAUCCGCAUUUGGUCAAUGGAGUCUGGUCAUCGAGUGGAAUAUACGAGAUCUAUUACUACACGUCAGCAUACUACAAUCUCGUCGGAUACACGUUGGCCCAAAGUUCAAUGGAAUGUCGAUAUCGAGUUCAAUAUGCAUUUGAGGAAAUUGAAGAUAUGAUAGCGAACAAUUCGCCUGCACUUCAGUAUGCGUUGAAUUUAUGUGAACAAGUCGAUGCAACGUCUGUCUCUGAAGUAGCAAUGAUGUUGGAAAGACUUAUCGAAAUGAUUACAUCAUACAUCGAUCAGUUUCAUUUCCAUGGGGUUCAGAAUUUUUGUCAUGCCAUCAACAAUCCGUCGUUAACGCCAUUAGAAUCAGUGAUACGUUGGGCAAGAUUCGCAUACGAAUCGGAGUACGAGUGCUUUGACUUUGGAUACAAUAACACGGUCGAAAGAUAUUCGGAUACACAGCUAUCGAGAUUUUCAUGGUUCUAUCUACAAUGUACUCAAGCCGGAAUUUUCCGAGUAACAGAUCAGUUCAAUUGGUUGUCAACACGGAUAGAUUUUGGGUAUCAUUUAAAUUUAUGCCGUGACGUGUUAGGCGACCAAUACAACUCACUCAACUUCAUGAACGCCGUAUACGACCUGCAACUACAUUUUUCCGAAAUUUAUAGUCUCAUAUCGAACAUAGUUUACACGAACGGCUAUAUCGAUCCGUGGUUAUAUGACGGUGUCACUCAAGCGAACGCAGAAAAUGCGACCGUAAUAAAUAUUGAAUAUUACUCACGCUCAGCCGAUUUAUCUUCCAUAAAUGGAUGGGACUCAUACGAUCUAACAUUGGCGAAACGAAGAAUACGUGAAAUAAUAACGGAUUGGUCAAGUCCAACAUGAAUAAUAUAAUGCGAUGGACUUGGCAUCGUUCAUAUUUGUUUUGUAUAAUAAAUUCCAGUGUUGAAAUUAACAGUAGUGUCAAUCGAAUUCGUUUGAAAUUACAACCAACUAUCUUGAAAACAUUU